GUCAUUUGAGUGACAACAUGGGAGGGCAAAAAGGGCAAAAAGGAUAACCUGCCAGAUUGCCACCAAUCAUAUGAAGCAAAACAGUGGGUCUAAGCACCGUUUCUCUUUUUCAUUCACCUGAAAUUUGUGGCGCGUGCUGCGUUUCUCCGCUUCUUCAGGCUCCUCCCAUGGCUGCCAAUCGAUGGUUGAGGCCCGAGGUUUAUCCUCUGUUCGCUGCUGUAGGUGUAGCUGUGGGGAUUUGCGGAUUCCAGCUGGUGCGAAACAUUUGCUUCAAUCCUGAAGUCAGGGUGAACAAGGAAGGCAGGGCUGCAGGCGUGCUGGAGAAUCACGCCGAGGGUGAAAAGUAUGCCGAGCAUUCCCUCAGAAAGUAUGUUCGGAAUAAAAAUCCUGAGAUCAUGCCUUCCAUCAACCGCUUCUUUACCGACUCAAAAUGAAGCCUUCUUGUGAUUACAAGCAAUUUGCAUGUGUUCUGGCUGAGUGUUGUAUUGUAUUGUGGUUGGAGAUGAUGCUCCGUCUACUUGAGGAUGUCAACUGAACAUCCCCAUAACCAGAGAAGCAGCUGUAUAUGGCUGCAGUUGUGUUAAAACCAAGCAAGCACCUGUUUCAUAAAUUUAAGUGUAAUGCAAGACCUCGUGUGUGUUUAAAUGGUAUUGCAGGAGAAGGCUUAAGCAUCAAUAAAAUCUCCCAGAUGCUUGGAUUUUUCUC